GCUUUGUUGAGUUUUCAUUCAAUUCUUUACGUAACUUUCUACUGAAUAAAAGGACACUUUUUUCUUAAAUUAUAUAUUCAGAAUCAUAAGCUUCAUAUAGAUGAGGUGUUGGGACAGAGGGGACUCAGAAAAAGAGUUAAGCCAAGGCAGGAAAAGGAAAAGAAAAGAAAAAGACCAUAUGGGCACCCAACAUUUUACUACGUGCUUUUUGUUAGCACUUUGCAUACUAAGCCAAGGUUUUGCAAAAGGUGCUCUUGGCUUUGCUUGUAACUGGGGAACGCGUUUGACGCAUCCUCUUCCAGCUGAAGUAACUGUGAAACUCUUGAAGGACAAUGGAUUCAACAAAGUGAAGCUCUUUGAAGCGGAUCCAAUGGCACUGAAGGCUCUUGGGAAUUCUGGCAUUCAGGUCAUGGUUGGUAUUCCUAAUGAUCUCUUGCAAUCCCUUGCUAGCAGUGUUGAUGCUGCAAUUGCAUGGGUUAGCCAAAAUGUAUCUUCUUACAUAUCCAAAGUUGGGGUUGAUAUAAGGUAUGUUGCUGUGGGCAAUGAAGCUUUUCUCAAAACAUACAAUGGUCGAUUUGUGCAAUCCACUUUUCCAGCCAUCAAAAACAUUCAAGCAGCUCUCAUAAAAGCUGGAUUAGGAAGGCAAGUGAAGGUGACAACUCCUUUAAAUGCUGAUGUCUACCAGAGUGAUAGUGGUCUUCCAUCAGGAGGAAACUUCAGGCCAGACAUUCAAGACCAAAUGAUCUCCAUAAUCAAGUUUCUCAGCCAAAGCAAUUCCCCUCUCACUUUCAACAUCUACCCUUUCCUCAGCCUUGAUGCAGAUCCCAAUUUCCCAAAGGAAUUUGCCUUCUUUGAUGGUUCUGCAGCCCCUGUAGUUGAUGGCCCCAUAUCUUACACCAAUGUCUUUGAUGCCAACUUUGACACUCUUAUUUCAGCUCUUGAAAAAAAUGGUUUUGGCUCAAUGCCUGUGAUAAUUGGUGAGGUUGGUUGGCCUACUGAUGGAUCAGCCAAUGCCAACAUCAAGAGUGCUCAGAGAUUCAAUCAAGGCUUAAUUGACAGAAUAGUGAAAAAACAAGGAACUCCAAAGAGACCCACCCCACCAGAAAUCUAUGUUUUUUCACUUGUUGAUGAGGAUGCCAAGAGCAUUGAACCAGGCCCUUUUGAGAGACACUGGGGAAUUUUCAAUUUUGAUGGAUCAAUCAAAUACCCUUUGAAUCUUGGUGGAGGAAAAUCACUAGUUGCUGCAAAGGGGGUGAGGUAUUUGACAAAGCAAUGGUGUGUCAUGUCAACUCAAGCAAAUCCUUCAGAUUUGGCAGAUAGUAUGAGCAAAGCAUGCACUUAUGCUGAUUGCACCUCUCUUGCUCCUGGUGCUUCUUGCAGUGGGCUUGACACAAAAGGAAACGCUUCAUAUGCAUUUAACAUGUACUAUCAAACCAUGGAUCAGCGCAAAGAUUCAUGUCAAUUCAAUGGUCUUUCAGUGAUUACUAACAUUGAUCCUUCACCUCCUCAAGGUACUUGCAAAUUUAGGAUCAUGAUCGAUGUGGGGAAGCAUGAAAGUAAGCCCACUUCUUUGGCAGCACCAAAAAGUGAGAUAAACUCAAUGGUCAUGCUGGUUUCAAGCUUCAUGUUCACUGUCAUGCUAUUUCUAUUUAUUUAGUUCUAUUUGUACUGUGCAGAGUGUCAAAAUUUCAACAUUCUUUUUCUUUUUUUGAGGCACGUUCUUGCUUUCAUUUGUCUCUAGCAUGCUGACCAAAAAAGUAUGUAUAAAUUGAUCUUAUUCUUCAUAGUGACUCUCAUUUUUUAAAA